UUAACGGAGGCCAUAAUGACAUCACUGGGACAAUAUAAGAGGCGGCUGCACACCUCUGAACUGGAACCUGAGGAAUCCAGCAGGCGCGAAGCUUCGUCUCCACACCUGUCCUGGUCCCAGCACACAAGAAGAAGAAGACGCCAUGCUGUUCUGUCAUUCCCAGCCAGAGUCGUACCACCAACAUUCUGCCACCUACAUCAGGCUGAAGCAGACACAUUAAAACUGCAUUCUGCAACAUCAACCUUUGCUCCCGUGAUCAUUAGAAGGGAUAAGAUAAGAAGGAAAGUAGGACGGUGGUGGUUUAGGCUCUGUUCUCCUUGUCCUCCCCUCAGAGACGCCCUGGCGCCUUUCCUGAAGAAUGAAGAAGCCCGGCUCAUGGCUGAGAGCGGCGUUAAGAGGACGCCGUUCCAGUACGUUCUGUGUGCAGCCACAUCACCGGCUGUGAAGCAGCAGGAGGAGGCGCUCACCUACCUGAACCAAGGUCAGUCCUACGAAAUCCGUAUGCUUAACAGAAAGCUAGUGGAGUAUACAGAUAUAAGCAGCAAAUAUGUGAAGAGCAUCGUGCGCGUGGUGUUUCAUGACCGUCGGCUGCAGUACAUGGAGCACCAGCAGCUGGAGGGAUGGAGGUGGAACAGACCUGGAGACCGGAUUUUGGAUAUAGAUAUCCCUCUCUCUGUGGGGAUCCUGGAGCCCCAAUCGGACCCCCUGCACCUCAACACCAUCGAGUUCCUCUGGGAUCCUGUGAAGAACGCUUCAGUUUUCAUCCAGGUCAACUGCAUCAGUACCGAAUUCACCCCCAGGAAGCACGGUGGCGAGAAGGGGGUCCCCUUUCGUAUUCAGGUGGACACGUUCACCACCAACGACCACGGCGAGUACAUUGACCACGUUCAUUCAUCCAGCUGCCAAGUCAAGGUCUUCAAGCCCAAAGGAGCUGAUCGCAAACUGAAGACAGACAGGGAAAAGAUCGAUAAAAAGACCCCCCAGGACAGAGAGAAGUACCAGCCAUCCCAUGAGACCACCCUGCUGAAGGAGUGUUCCCCGUGGCCCGAUGCUCUGAAUGUCACCACCCACAGCAGCAGCACUCCGUCACCAGUUUACCACAGCUCACCCACACCGUGUGCUUUCACAGAAGGCAACUGUUCUCCAAACCACCAAGUGGAGGUGCUCAUGCCUGGCCACUCUGAUCAUCUCCUGCCGUCGUCCUCGCCACAGAACACUCAGCAGUGGCUGCAGCGUCACAGGUUCUCGCCUUUCUCAAGGCUCUUCUCCAGCUUCUCAGGUGCUGAUCUCCUGAGGUUGAGCAGAGAGGAUCUGAUCCAGAUCUGUGGCCCGGCAGACGGCAUUCGACUUUUUAACACGAUGAAAGGAAGGUGUAUCCAACCUCGUCUCACCAUCUACGUCUGUCAGCAGCCAACCAGAAACCAGCCUUCUAUCAAACCAGGAAGAGACGUGUACCAGGCUCUCUACCUGGAUGAGCUGACUCUGCUGGACUUGUCUGAAAAAAUAGCUUUGCUUUACAACAUCACUCCACAACAAAUCACACACAUCUACAGACAGAAGACCACAGGGAUCCACGUCAGAGUCUCUGAUGAGAUGUUGCAGAACUUCAGGGAUGAAGCCAGCUUCAUCAUCAGCACGAUAAGGGAUAAAAACAGCGAUGGCAUCAGCGUGGUGCUGAAAUGAUGAGCGGGAACUCGCCAGGUUUCCUCCUGGAGUUGUAAAGCUUGUAAAUAUUUCUCUCUGUGCUGCAGUACAGGACUUUUAGAGAAAAAUAGUUCAGGAAAAUGCUUUUAUGCUCUCUGAUCCAGCUAAUUUAGUGGUCUGGUUUAAUUUUCAGGAUUCGUGUCGUUUUAAUGUCGACUUUUCUUUAGUUGUUGAUUCAUCUUUGAUAUUUCCUGUAGUUAAACAGUAUAUUACUACUUCCAAGAGUCCUUCAUACUGACCUCUGAGCUAAUAAAAAGCCAACAGAGUGUUUUAUCAUCAUUCAGACAAAAUGAAAGGAUGAAUGAACAAAGCUGGACGAUGUUUUCUGAGCUCCUCAUGAUGAUUUUAUCCCAGCUGAUAUUUCACUGUAAAAAAUGUUUUAGAUAAUUCAUGUUGAAACGGGAAAAUGCUGUAAUUUUAACCUGCUCUGCUGUCAGUUUAUUUCUGUCUAAAUAAAAUAUUUAAUGGA